UUUGUUUUUUGGUUUUUUUUUUUUUUUUUUUGAGACUCUUGGCUAUCCUGGAACUCAUUCUGUAGACCAGGCUGGCCUCCCAUUCUUAAGAGAUCUGCCCCACUCUGCCUCACAAGUGGUACAUGUGAGGCACCACACUGACUUGCUCCUUUCAGUUUUUUACCUUAUUGUUUAAGGAGUUACCCCUCCGGAUAGAAUGUUUCAAUCCUUCAGGAAAGUGUUACACAGCACCUGAAUCCAAGUCCCGGAAUUUCACUGUCUUUCUCCAGCGUCCCCACCCACAGCUCUUUAUAUUUUCCCUUGGCUUUUUAUUUCUUCACAACACUUAAGUGCAAAUAUUGUAUUUUGCCUGUCUUUUCACUCUGGAAACAUGGCUGGCUCCAAUGCUAUAGGUAUUAAGCAAAUUUUCUUGAAGAAACCUCUAAUUAGGGGAUUCAAUGUCUUGUGUUUUGGUUUCUACUUAUUUAUGUCUCACACUGUUAGGUGUGCGUCACCAGUAAGAAGGUAGAUAUACGUAGUUAGUAUAAGAAAAGUUAUAUUUUAUUAUGCUGAAGGUCAUCAUGCAAGGUUUACACUCUAAACUCCUUACAUUCCUAAGCCUGUCUUCCCAAGGCUGUUCACCUGUGUGACCUAUCUUAGCUUCAGGUCAGGUCUAAUCUCUAACAGAAGUCUCUGAUUUGAGGGUCAGGAUUCUGAGGGAGAUUCUCUAGCCACAGAACAGAUCAAGGUGCAUCUCUCCAGAUACGUAGAGCAAAGCAUUGCUUUUGGUCUCUGCUUAUAUUUUGUCCAGUAGGCAUCAUGGGAUUCUAGGACUAUGUCAUCUCCAUGUCACUGGGCUCUGGGUAUCAGGAGCAGCCUUAGGUACUGUAGGGUUCCUGACUAAUCUGUUUUUAUAUGUCCAAAAGGCAUCUUUUUUAUUUAUUAUUCUCAUUACAGGGUGAAAAUAUUUUUCUGGGUCUGGGUCAUCUUUUUGGUUUCUGUCCCACUCUGACGGUCUAAGUGCAUAAGAGUGCAGAAUGUGGGCCACGUAUUCCUAGAGGCCUGUCUGUCUCAGGGGUCCCGUGGCUGGUGUGCAGUGAGUCCUCUGGUCUCAAGUCCCUGGUCCCGCGCGAGUUCGUUCUGGACCAGCCGCAGUGCUCCUGGCUUACUUCGCUGCUUCCGCCGGCCCGCGAGACUCCGCCCUCUCUGAGGGGAGAAGCCAAUCAUCACGCACGCCCUUGACUCCGCCCUAGCGCCCCUCGACGCGAGUCCUUCCCUCCUCCCACUCGCUGCCCGCCCGCCCGUCAGGCAGGAAGGCAGGCAGUGGUUCUACCGGCGGUUAGUUCUCUCUUCUGUGUUGUCCUCCCUCCUCGUUCCCGAUCGCCGCCAGCGGCUGCUACACGGGCGGCGGCGCGGUUCCUGUGGGAAGCGCAGCACAAGUCGAGCGGUAACCGCGAAGCGUCGAGCCCAACGCGGCGGAGGCUGUGCAGCCAACAUGGCGGCGGCGGCGGCGGCGGGCCCGGAGAUGGUCCGCGGGCAGGUGUUCGACGUGGGGCCGCGCUACACUAAUCUCUCGUACAUCGGAGAAGGCGCCUACGGCAUGGUUUGUUCUGCUUAUGAUAAUCUCAACAAAGUUCGAGUUGCUAUCAAGAAAAUCAGUCCUUUUGAGCACCAGACCUACUGUCAGAGAACCCUGAGAGAGAUAAAAAUCCUACUGCGCUUCAGACAUGAGAACAUCAUCGGCAUCAAUGACAUCAUCCGGGCACCAACCAUUGAGCAGAUGAAAGAUGUAUAUAUAGUACAGGACCUCAUGGAGACAGAUCUUUACAAGCUCUUGAAGACACAGCACCUCAGCAAUGAUCAUAUCUGCUAUUUUCUUUAUCAGAUCCUGAGAGGAUUAAAGUAUAUACAUUCAGCUAAUGUUCUGCACCGUGACCUCAAGCCUUCCAACCUCCUGCUGAACACCACUUGUGAUCUCAAGAUCUGUGACUUUGGCCUUGCCCGUGUUGCAGAUCCAGACCAUGAUCAUACAGGGUUCUUGACAGAGUAUGUAGCCACGCGUUGGUACAGAGCUCCAGAAAUUAUGUUGAAUUCCAAGGGUUAUACCAAGUCCAUUGAUAUUUGGUCUGUGGGCUGCAUCCUGGCAGAGAUGCUAUCCAACAGGCCUAUCUUCCCAGGAAAGCAUUACCUUGACCAGCUGAAUCACAUCCUGGGUAUUCUUGGAUCUCCAUCACAGGAAGAUCUGAAUUGUAUAAUAAAUUUAAAAGCUAGAAACUAUUUGCUUUCUCUCCCGCACAAAAAUAAGGUGCCGUGGAACAGGUUGUUCCCAAACGCUGACUCCAAAGCUCUGGAUUUACUGGAUAAAAUGUUGACAUUUAACCCUCACAAGAGGAUUGAAGUUGAACAGGCUCUGGCCCACCCGUACCUGGAGCAGUAUUAUGACCCAAGUGAUGAGCCCAUUGCUGAAGCACCAUUCAAGUUUGACAUGGAGCUGGACGACUUACCUAAGGAGAAGCUCAAAGAACUCAUUUUUGAAGAGACUGCUCGAUUCCAGCCAGGAUACAGAUCUUAAAUUGGUCAGGACAAGGGCUCAGAGGACUGGACGCGUUCAGAUGUCGGUGUCCCCCCAGUUCUUGACCCUGGUCCUGUCUCCAGCCCGUCUCAGCUUACCCACUCUUGACUCCUUUGAGCCGUUCCGAGGGGCAGUUCUGGUCGUAGUGGCUUUUAUACUUUCACGGAAUUCUUCAGUCCAGAGAGUUCUCCUGCACCAGGCCCUGCACAGUUGCACUCAGUGCACUCAAGUGCUCACUGUUGUUUAGUCAGUAACUGCUUUCUGGUUUGAAAGAUGCAGUGGUUCCUCCCUGCCCUGAAUCCUUCCUACAUGUCACCUACUGAACUGUCAGCCUCCUCAGAGCAAGUCUUAACAGACUUGUUCCAGUUAUGCCCACCCACCUUACAUUAGGGAAGGCUAAGACAUAAGGCACCUUAAGUCAGUGACAGCUCCAAACUUACACGCCAUCUGUUGGCUGUAGCUGUCUGCUCAGAUCGGAGCUUUCGGGCGGCCCUGGAUGGUGGUGCAGGCUGCAGGGGCAGGCGCUUCUGUUGCAGGAGUCCUUUGGGGCAUUUUUCUGGGUAUCGUGUAAGUCCCAAAUUUAAACUAUGUGGUAUUUUCCCAGCUUUUUAAGAAUGUGGUCAUUGUUUAAAUGAAAUAGAGAGGAAGCAUUGCACCAGCAAUGAUAUUCUUCAGGUUUCUAUGGUUACUCUAUUGUAAUGGAGGUGUGGUGCUUGCCAAAAUGUUACACACUAUCCUUAGCCAGAGAUUGAAAGUAACAGCUGUGCUUGUCAUUCGCUGCAAGAUGGACAUGCACAAAGCUGUGGAAGUUUCCAGAAAAGUAGAGAGCAGGCUGACCUAGAUGUUCAGGGUGGAGCGCCAUACAGCCUUGAACUGUCCCACACAGAAGGCUGCUUUGUAACCAUGCUCACUGCCUGGGGAUUUAGUUAAAGGGAACACUGCAUCUUUGAGUGAGAAAGUGUACAGUUCUUCUCCUGCAGCAUGUCAGCACCGCGAGCUCAUCUUUCAGCAGUGUAAUGACUUGUAUGUAAUAAAGCCUUCAUGAGCUCUCCUCACGAAGCUGUUGCCAAGUUAGAGAUGUUUCUGGUACUGCUGAGUUAACGUCAUAAAAGGCUAGCAGUAACUGUUGAAGCUCUCUUUUUCUUUCCUUCUCUCCUAUAUUUUGUUCCUGCACUGUGUGCUGUGGAGUUGAUGGUGUUAUCCCAGUGCAGUGCCUCCCAACCCCUCACUGCUCUCUGAUGAGAAAUUUGCCUUGUUCAAUACUUACUGUGCUAUUGCAUGACUGUUAAGGUCUCUGUGCAGAGACCAAUGUCCAAGUGUCACAUCCUUUGGUUGAGUGAAAUCUGUUGUGACCUCUGAGUUGUAUUCCAUGAAGAGAAUGCUACCCAGAAGAUAAUAUAGGAAAGAUAAUUAUAUUAUUAACUUUUCAUUUCUCAACUGUCCUUUUAUUUUCUUGGUUUUUAUUUUAUUUUAUUUUAUUUUGAUAGCAAUGGAAAAUGGGUUCUAUAGACUGCCUGUUAGUAUGAACAGCAGUGCAAUGCACUUGUAACUCAUGGAAAUAAAUGUACAUCUUUAUCUUUACACCGAUGAUAAGAUGCAGUGUUGAUUUCCUCUGGAUCGGUGUGUCCUAAUCAAUUUAUAACUUGUGCUUCAGACAGAACUGUUCAUGGGCCUUACUCUAUUUCUCUCCACCCCACUCCCCAUGCACUGCCCCACACAUCAGUUUACAUAAGAUGGCAUGCACCUUUAAUCCCAGCAUUCAGAAGUCAGAGGCAGGUGGGUCUCUGAAUUGGAAGCAAGCCUGGUUUGCAUAGGGAGGUCCAAGACAGUUGGGACUUUCUAGGCCCUGUCUCAGAAACCAAAAGAAAGGUCCUCCCCUUCUGCCCUGAAGAGCAAAUGAAUCUGACAUGGUCCUCUCUUAAAACCAGGUCUCAAGUAGUCAGAACAAACAUACCGAGGUGGAGUCUGGUUCCCUCUGAAAAGGGCCUUCUUGCCCCCAGGAGUGGGGGGAGGGGCGCAGGUGUCUGUUCAGCGUCCCAUGGCACCCGCCACCACCACCCCCCCCAUGGCACCUGCCACCAGAUUCAGGGGACACUCACACCUCAUACGGCUCAUCCCAGGAACCAGAUCUCAGUUCUUGGUGUAAAGCCCCGCUAUUCACAUCCACACAUGAACCCUACCUGGCACUGAAGGAGGGGAGGUUCAGCUUUCAUUGAUAGAGUAGUGGUCAGUUUUCCUUUUUCUUUUUGUCUUUUUUUUUAAAGCCCUGACAGUUCUCCUACUUGUUUCUUCUUCAUAUUUUUAAUCCCAUGAGAUUAAUUUGCAGUCUUCUGAGUAAGGGAACCGUAGCCUCAUCUUGUUGAAGACUGAACUCUUCCUGGUACUGUGGGGGCUGGGGUUGGCAUGAGAGCACUCACUGCAUCCGAAUGCCUGUACCACAGGUGGUGUGGCUUUCCUCUAGCCAUUGUAACUGACAGCUCAUAGCUGUCGGGUAUAGGAACACUCCGUUAUUUUGAUUCUCACAUUUCUAAAAAUGUCUGGUGUCAUUGAGUGCCUCUGCUAUUCAUAUGCAUAGAUAAGCUGUCUGGUGGGUGGACUUUUUGUCCAAGUCUUAAAAUGUGAGCAAAAAUAAAAGAAAAUCAAAAACAUGAAGACACUUGGCAUGAAGAGGAAAGCUAUCCAACCAUCCCAGAGAGCACAUGCUGAUAGCAGCACUCAGAGCUGAUACUAACCUGCUGUGUGGUGCAUCCAUACUGCCCUCACCCUCACCCUCUUAUGAGUACGAGCGAUGGCUGGGCUGGGCGUGACUGUUAGUUUGGGAAGCUGUGAAUUAACAGCAGCUAUCUGAGGAAUCACAAAGGUAGACACUGCAUGCCACAUAGUAUUCAGACCACUUAGAGGAAACUUCAUCUGCUUAGGAUAAUACUUACAUUAUUAAUAGUUAUGUUUGAACUUUUGGUGACUUAUAUAAUAUGGUAACACAUUCAAAUAUGCAUAUGCUUUGGGCCUUCAUACUACUUUUAUAUUUGUAAAUCAGUGUUUUGGAGCAAUUCCAAGUUUAAGGGAAAUAUUUUUGUAAAUGUGAUGGUUUUGAAAAUCUGAGCAAUUCUUUUGCUUACAAGUUUUUUUUAAAGCAUUUGUGCUUUAAAAAUUGUAGUGCUAGUGUUUGAAAUAUGGCACCCUAUAACCCAGAUAAGAAAUAUAAGAAUGGAGUAAAUGCUGUCAUUUGUCAUGCUGUGUCCACCUUGGCCUGCUGGGUCAACAGUGGGGAUCCAGAGUCCCUAGGUUACCCCAGCUUGUCUGACGCUUGCUGCCUUUCUGUACCAUUUAACCCUUCAGAGCACUCCAGACAGUUCUGACACGGCUUUGUAUCCGCUUUGUGCUGUGGAUGCCUUUUUGGUAUUGUAUCCCAAACUGCAUAGAUGAUUUAGGAUAAUGGUGAGUUUAAAAAAUGAAUGUUGAAGCAAGAUUUUAUUAAGAAUUUAAAUGUUUUUUCAUUAUAUUGUUAAACUUGAACAUUUAUCUGUGGCUUAUGUGAUUUGGUUAAUAUGUAUAAAAAUUGUAAGAGGUUUAUAUUUCACCUUAAUUCUUUUGAUGUUGUAAACAUGCCUUUUAAUUCAUUAUUUGAAUGUUUAUGGCACCUGACUUGUAAAAAGAAUUACCAAAAAAAAAAAGUCCUUAGAAUCAUGA